AUGAACACCGUUGCCUUUUGUCUGUUCGCCGUUGUAUCCUGUUUAUCCGUGGAAACGACGUUCAGUUUGCGUUCGCGAUGGAGGAGAUUUCAAGACAGUUAUUUUAUUGUUGGAGCUCUUUUUCCGAUAACGGAAGGUCCAAGAUGCGAUAUUGUAAGAGAAGAAGGUUUGCUUCUCGUGGAAGCUUUCGUGCACACCGUGAACGCGAAGAACAACGAGUCAAUUUUCCCUGGUGGUUCUAUUGGCUACGAUAUUAGAGACACUUGCUCAAUCCCUGCCAUCGCUUUAAGAGAGCUCCUGGACAUACUUGGCAAAAGUGAAGGCUCUUCGUCGAAAAACUGCUCUUUGUCAAAGGCUGGAAAUAGCUGUGGGGUGAUUGCAGUUGUUGGCCCUCAAUCAAGCAAGAGUGCGCUCGCGAUCAGUCCUCUAUUGAGCAUAUAUGGAGUACCACAAGUAAGAGAAAUGUAGCUGCUGUAUUUAUGCGUGUUUUUGUUUUUCAUACAGUGUCAGCUUGGCUGUGCUCCAAUUUUAAGUGUUCAGAUAAAACUUUAAAGCUCUUGGGGGGAAAAGUGAGUCAAAGUUUUCUUUUUAUAAGUAGAGCUGCGAAUUUCUUUACACGGAGUGGUUUAAAGUUUAUCAGUUUGACUGAAAGUAAGUGAUAAGUAGGACCUUCGCUUUAAGGCUUGGCGAAAAUCUAUGUGGACUUAUAUGUAUUUGAUAUUGUGUUCUAGCGUGAUACGUAUUGCAUGCAAGAUUAAUUUGUCACUAACCAUAAAAUUUCAGAGGAACACACGAAAAAGAUCAGCUAACAACAAGAGCACCUUCACAUUGGUGGAGUUUUAUUCAGAUUCUUAGAUAUAAGUAGCGAACCCAAGAUAAAAAGUUUUUGAUCUGUAACGCAUUUAUCCGCCAUGUCGAGGUUUGAGAUAUUUCAUUUAAUACACUGGCCGGAGGCAGGUGUUGGCGAGAAACAAAAGUAGUAGCAAAUUCAGUCUUUUACAUGCAAGCAAUGAAACAUUUGCAUAGCAUUUUUACUAGAAAACAUCUGUAAAAACAGAAAUUUAAGUUAUGUUGUAGCUUUUAUGAUUUUAUGUUGAAUGUGUGUUAAACUUUUGGCACCUUUUGAAAACGUUUUACUUGGAUUUGGUCAUCCUACUUUCACUUUUACAAGAUAGCUGUUCUUGAGUGGGAGAGUGGGUCACACUACAUUUAAUUUUAAUUUGUUGAUUUCAAAAUAGGAAUUGGAACAUGCAAUAUGUUACUUUGCACGGUCGCAAUUUUGACAGGCGAGGAAACAAAUCUUGAGGGCAUAAAUGUUUUAGAAAUCAUUUUUUUGCAAGAAGUUUUCUUUUUAAUUUUCGCUUGAAGAAGUCUUAGAUUAUUCCUGCGAAGAGGAUUUACUCCGAGGCAAUUUUUAAACUACUUAUGAACGGUUUAAUAACCGAUAUAUAUAUGCAUGUUUUUUUUUUUCAAGAAAAAAUUUGUUGGAAUAAGAAAGGGAGCUAAUACAAAUCAAACUGGAAAUUUCUGGGGCCGCUGUAAAUCAGAACCAUUCACAUAAUAUUUCAUCCAACAAUUCUUCCGGCUCGGAUGAACGAUUAUCCGAUUAUCUCUGAUUAAUAUUUUGAUGAUUUUGUCAGCUAACAAACACGAAAUGCAGUCUGUGCAAAUUUAAAUAAUUCUUUUAUUCAGCUACCGCGAAAUGUAUUUCGAUUACUGUUUUAACAGAUGGAUUUUAUAAUGUCACUCUAUCAAACAAAGAUCGUUUCCAGUGGCGUUUUUCAAAUUUUACUUUUCUUUUCAUUUUGUGGAUUAGCAGAAGCUACACUUUUUUGUGUCAUUACGGCGCUUUUAAGAUGAUAUACUUUUUAAAUCUAACAAGAGAAACUAAUGACUUGUUUUUCGAAGUGCUUAUUUCCAUAAAAUCGGAAGUUUUGGACAGCGAGUGCUCCAUACUUAAAAAAAUGUUGUCAUUUUGGUCUGUCUAAUUUAUCAACAAGCCUUUUCUAUUCUAGAAGGGGCGCGACCUUUCUUAUUACCAUAUAAGUUGUUUACAGUAGAAAUAGAGGCUUUGAAGUAGUGACGAGUCUUUCUUCCUCUUGGUUAGAUUGCCUAAAGCCAUUUCAGUGUAGGCGGGAGAAGGUUGUUUUCCCCACGUUUCAUGCAAAUAUAUCACGCUAUAACACGCUAAGAACACCCUCCGCCGCGCACGAAAUGGUUGCUCAAUGCUCCUACGAGGGUCUAGAUUUUUUCAUAAUAUAUCGUUUUUUUAUCAUCCUGAAUGAGAAGUAUCGGUUCGCUCUCUCCCUCGUUAUAACCAGUUUUCCAAAUUGAUCCUAGCUCUAUUCGUGUCUUGUGCGCGAACGACACCGGUGCAUACAUUUCAACGAAGACCAGUUCUAUACCAUCGGGUCCUUGAAGAACUGAGAGAGAGUGGGAAAAGGGAUUUUUUUUAAUCCUGAGGCGGGCUAGUCGAGACUAGCAUCACCACCCAGCCUUG